ACUCUUCAAAACCGUGCGCUGGCUUCUCACUGCUGUGGCUUCUUACUGCUGUGGCUGCUCUUGUUGUGAAGCACGGGCUCUAGGCACACGGGCUUCAGUUGUUGUGGUGCACGGGCUUAGUUGUUCCGCAGCAGGUGGGAUCUUCCUGGACCAGGGCUUGAACCCAUGUCCCCUGCAUUGGCAAGUGGAUUCUUAACCACUGCGCCACCAGGAAGCCCCUGUUUUCGUUUCUUUGUGAAGUUCCAUGGCUGUUGGAUUUCAGUGACCUUGAAGUGAAUUUUUCUGGCAGCCCCUGAUUUUCACCACCUUAACUGCUGUGGUUGAAAACGUUCCCUAGGUAUAGUCAAAUUUCCUUAAUCCAUUUGAUUAAAUUACUCAAAAAACAAUUAUUACAUGCCCUCCCUGUAAAAGAUCUAUUUUAACUGAUUAUUAGGAAAGCUAUUUUUUUGUGAGCAAAGUCGUGAGACUUUGUGUCAUCAGUUUGGGGCCCCUCUGAGGGUUGUAGUUUGUUUACUCUACUUUUCUUUACUAUGGAAGAGACUUCUGGACAGCCCAAGUGUUCCUGAGCUCAUUACAGUAGGAAUAGAAUAAAUACCUCAGACCUGAUUUUUCUAGAAGGAAGAAGCCUUCUUCCUUCUAGACUAGUCCUUCUAGUCAAUCCCUCUCCACCCCCACCCCACCCCCAUUAGCUGUUGUAUAAUUAGCACUGUUAUCUGGGAAGACAUAAGCAGUUUUAUCUGUUGUCUUACAGAUUUUCUACUGGGCAGUCUUAAUGCACUUGCAUAUAUGAAAUGGACUUACGCAUUUCAGAUAUCUGAUUGCAUGCAUCCAAGCCAUUGUCUUGGAUUCACUGCAUAUUGCAAAAGACUGAGGUGGAGGUAGAAAAGAAAGCCAGACCAACCAAGGUAGAGUGCACUAAGUGUUGACAAAUGUCACAGUCCCAGGUUAUUCCUGUUACCAAUCCUGAUUCCUUAUGUAACCCUUUUGAUUCCUUUCUCACAUAUCUAGACAUUUUUUAGAAACCUUCUGUAUUUAUUUAAUCCAUUCAGUCAGACAUUUACUGGAAGCCUGCCGUGUAUCAGGCACUGCAAGUGCUUGGGGCUAGCAAGAGGAGUAAGACAUGGAGCCAAGGAGUGCACAGUCUCACAGAAGCACUUCAGAAAACUUACCAGAAGAUACUUCGGGAAAAGGAAAGUGCUUUAGAAGCAAAAUAUCAAGCAAUGGAGAGAGCAGCUACUUUUGAACAUGACAGAGAUAAAGUUAAGAGGCAAUUUAAGAUUUUUAGGGAGACCAAGGAAAAUGAAAUUCAGGAUUUAUUGAGGGCCAAGCGAGAGUUGGAGAGUAAACUUCAGAGGCUACACGUUCAGGGGAUCCAUGUAUUUGAUCCUGGAGAGUCUGAUUCAGAUGACAACUGUACAGAUGUUACUGCUGCUGGACCCCAGUGCGAGUAUUGGACUGGUGGAGCCUUGGGAAGUGAGCCCUCCAUAGGGAGUAUGAUUCAGCUUCAGCAGUCUUUCCGGGGCCCUGAGUUUGCCCAUAGUUCUAUAGAUAUAGAAGGACCCUUUGCUAACGUCAACAGAGAUGACUGGGAUAUUGCUGUAGCUAGUUUAUUACAAGUUACCCCCUUGUUUUCACAUUCUCUGUGGAGUAACACUGUCAGAUGUUACCUCAUUUAUACAGAUGAAACCCAGCCCGAAAUUGAUCUUUUCCUUAAGGACUAUUCACCUAAACUUAAAAGAAUGUGUGAGACAAUGGGAUACUUUUUCCAUACUGUGUAUUUUCCAAUUGAUAUUGAAAAUCAGUACCUCACUGUAAGAAAAUGGGAAAUUGAGAAGAGUUCAUUAGUUAUCUUAUUCAUUCAUUUAACCUUACCAAGCCUGUUAUUGGAAGACUGUGAAGAAGCUUUUCUGAAAAACCCUGAAGGCAAACCACGAUUACUUUAUCAUCGUUUGGAAGAUGGGAAAGUCAGUUCUGACUCUGUCCAGCACCUGAUUGAUCAAGUUUCUAACCUGAACAAGACCAACAAAGCCAAGAUCAUUGAUCACUCAGGAGAUCCUGCAGAAGGAGUCUAUAAAACCUAUAUUUAUGUAGAAAAGAUUAUUAAACAGGACAUCCUGGGCUUUGAAAAUACAGACCUGGAAACUAAGGAUUUGGGCAGUGAAGAUUCUAUUCCAGAAGAAGAUGAUUUUGGUGAUGUUCUGUGGGACAUACAUGAUGAACAAGAGCAAAUGGAAGCUUUUCAGCAGGCUUCAAAUUCAGCCCAUGAGUUGGGAUUCGAGAAAUAUUACCAACGCCUUAAUGAUCUAGUGGCAGCACCAGCACCAAUUCCACCCCUUCUUGUAUCUGGAGGACCAGGCUCUGGAAAGUCCCUUCUUUUAUCAAAGUGGAUCCAGUUACAACAGAAGAAUUCCCCUAACACACUAAUUCUUUCUCAUUUUGUGGGGAGGCCCAUGUCAACCAGCUCAGAGUCUUCCUUGAUUAUUAAACGACUGACUCUAAAGUUGAUGCAACAUUCUUGGUCAGUAUCUGCUCUGACACUGGAUCCUGCUAAGCUUCUGGAAGAAUUUCCACAUUGGCUGGAAAAACUCUCUGCCCGUCAUCAAGGCAGCAUCAUCAUCAUUAUUGAUUCUAUAGAUCAAAUUCAGCAAGUUGAAAAACACAUGAAAUGGCUGAUAGAUCCACUGCCAGUGAAUGUAAGAGUAAUUGUUUCUGUGAAUGUGGAAACAUGCCCUCCAGCAUGGAGGUUGUGGCCUACACUUCAUCUUGACCCUUUAAAUCCGAAAGAUGCAAAAUCUAUUAUAAUCGCAGAAUGCCACUCUGUAGACAUUAAAUUGAGUAAAGAGCAGGAGAAGAAGCUAGAACGACACUGUCGUUCUGCUACAACCUGCAAUGCCCUUUAUGUCACUCUUUUCGGCAAAAUGAUUGCGUGUGCUGGGAGAGCAGGCAAUUUAGAUAAAAUCCUUCUUCAGUGUUUCCAGUGUCAAGAUACUGUUUCAUUAUAUAGACUUGUUCUUCGAUCUAUCCAGGAGUCCAUGACAAAUGAUACAGAUAAAGAACUAAUGAAACAGAUUCUCUGCCUUGUAAAUGUUAGUCACAAUGGUGUGAGUGAAUCAGAAUUGAUGGAACUCUAUCCUGAGCUGUCCUGGGCUGUCUUGACCUCCCUUAUUCACAGUUUACAUAAAAUGUGUUUGUUGACUUAUGGUUGUGGUUUGCUCAAGUUUCAACAUCUACAGGCUUGGGAAACAGUGAGGCUAGAGUACAUGGAAGGUCCCACCAUUAUUUCUUCACAUAGGCAAAAGCUAACCAACUAUUUCACCAUGCAGCUAAGUCAGGACCGAGUGACUUGGAGGAGUGCAGAUGAAUUGCCUUGGCUAUUCCAGCAGCAGGGAAGUAAACAGAAGCUGCACGAUUGCCUUCUUAACCUCUUUGUGUCUCAAAACCUCUAUAAAAGAGGACACUUUGCUGAGUUGCUGAGUUACUGGCAGUUUGUUGGCAAAGACAAAAGCGCGAUGGCAGCAGAAUACUUUGAUUCAUUGAAGCAGUAUGAGAAAAACUGUGACGGCGAGGAGAGCAUGAUUUGCUUAGCUGACCUUUAUGAAACCCUGGGGCGAUUUCUCAAGGAUCUAGGCCUUCUCAGCCAGGCUGUGGUGCCUUUGCAGAGGUCUCUAGAAAUUCGAGAAACAGCUUUAGAUCCAGAUCACCCACGAGUAGCUCAGUCCCUCCACCAACUAGCGAGUGUGUACGUGCAGUGGAAGAAGUUUGGCAAUGCUGAACAGCUAUAUAAACAGGCAUUGGAAAUCUCAGAAAAUGCCUAUGGUGCGGACCAUCCACAUAUUGCUCGCGAACUUGAAGCACUUGCAACUUUGUACCAGAAACAAAAUAAAUAUGAACAAGCUGAACAUUUUAGAAAAAAAUCUUUUAAAAUUCGUCAGAAAGCUACAAGGAGAAAAGGCAACUUGUAUGGAUUUGCCCUUUUACGUAGACGGGCCCUACAGUUAGAAGAGCUCACGUUAGGUAAGGAUACACCUGACAAUGCUCGGACCCUCAAUGAACUGGGUGUGCUCUACUAUCUUCAGAACAACCUGGAAACAGCUGACCAGUUUCUGAAGCGUUCCUUGGAGAUGAGGGAGCGAGUUCUAGGACCAGAUCACCCUGACUGUGCCCAGUCUUUGAAUAAUCUAGCGGCUCUAUGCAAUGAAAAGAAACAGUAUGAUAAAGCAGAAGAACUUUAUGAAAGAGCCUUAGACAUUCGGAGACGAGCAUUAGCUCCUGAUCACCCUUCUUUGGCUUAUACAGUGAAGCAUCUUGCAGUCUUGUAUAAGAAAAUGGGGAAACUUGACAAAGCUGUACCUUUGUAUGAGCUGGCUGUUGAAAUCCGGCAGAAAUCCUUUGGCCCAAAGCACCCUAGUGUAGCUACUGCCUUGGUGAACUUAGCUGUUCUUUAUAGCCAAAUGAAAAAACACAUUGAGGCCUUGCCGUUAUAUGAAAGAGCAUUAAAGAUUUAUGAGGACAGCCUGGGUCGGAUGCAUCCUCGAGUUGGAGAAACAUUAAAAAAUUUAGCUGUGCUUAGCUAUGAAGAAGGGGAUUUCGAAAAAGCUGCUGAACUAUACAGAAGGGCAAUGGAAAUAAAAGAAGCAGAAACGUCUCUUUUGGGUGGAAAAGCUCCCUCCCGACAUUCAUCAAGUGGAGAUACGGUUAGCUUAAAAACAACCCAUUCUCCUAAUGUUUUCCUUCAUCAAGGACAAAGCAGCAGUCUGGCCCAGUUCUCUACCUCAAAGAAAAGUUUCAAGGAGUAAAGGGAUAAUGUUGACGGAAAGUAUGAAUUGUCUUCUGUAAAACGAACUAGUAAUAGGAAUCUCUGACUGCUACAUUUUUUUUAUUCUACCUUUUCAUUCAGCAGAUUGGGCCAAGCCCUCUGCUUUCCGUGCUCUCUACACUGUAUAUUGUUUUUACUGUGUAGAAUGUACCUGCACAAUCUGAAGUCAUUAAUGCAGUAACAGGUCAAGCUCUUUGGCCUUCUUUGACCUUUCCCAAAAUAUGGACAUGACCUUCUUUCUUAAAUGGCCUAAAUCUGUCGUCUCUUCAUUUAUCUUGGACUCAACUUAGUUGGCCAUUUUAUACUGAAAAUUAAAUAUUUUUAUAGAUUUUAUAAAUAUUGCCAAUUUGGGGUAAUGUUUUGUACCAUUUAUGUAUUUAUAUAUAAAUAAAAUCUUCAAUAUUAAUACUUGUAAGAUUCCAACAUGUAUUAAUUGUAAAGGUGAAAGAUGUAAUAACCAUAUUUUACUGUUUUAGAAUAAAAGUGGAAUUUCAAGUUCUCUUUUUCCCACUCCAGUUUAUAUUGGGUUGGCCAAAAGUUUCGUUUGUUUUUUUCCAUAAGAUGGAUCUAAUAGCACUUAGUUGUCUUUAACUUCAUUCGAAACAAUGUUGUUAGAUUGUAUGUGACAGCUAUCAUAUCAUCAGUGUGCAUUUUUAAAAAGAUUUAUCAAAAUUGGUGAAUUUUUGUGUAGCCAUUUUAAUAUUGAAGAUGGAAGAAAAAAAGUAACAUUUUCAGCAUAUUAUGCUUUAUUAUUUCAAGAAAGGUAAAAAUGCAACCAAAACGCAAAAAAGGAUUUGUGCAGUGUAUGGAGAAGGUGCUGUGACUGUCUGAAUGUGUCAAAGUGAUUUGCGAAGUUUCAUGCUGGAGAUUUCUCGGUGGACUAUGCUUCAUGGUUGGGUGGACUAUGCUCCACGGUCGGGUAGACCAGUUGAAGUUGAUAAGGAUCAAAUCGAGACAUUAACUGAGAACAAUCAAUCACAUUAUACCACGCGGGAGAUAGCUGACAUACUCAAAAUAUCCAAAUCACUGAAAAUCAUUUGCACCAGCUUGGUUAUGUUAAUUGCUUUGAUGUUUAGGUUCCACAUAAGUUAAGUGAAAAAAACCUUCUUGACCACAUUUUCGCAUGUGAUUCUCUACUUAAACGUAAUGAAAACGUUCCAUUUUUAAAACAAAUUGUGACAGGCGAUGAAAAGUGGAUACUGUACAAUAAUGUGGAAUGGAAGAGAUUGUGAGGCAAGUGAAAUGAACCACCACCAACCACACCAAAGGCCAAUCUUCAUCCAAAGAAGGUGAUGUUGUGUACAUGGUGAGAUUGGAAGGGAGUUCUCUAUUAUGAGCUCCUUCCAGAAAACCAAACAAUUAAUUCCAACAAGUACUGCUCCCAAUUAGACCAACUGAAAGCAGCACUUCAUCAAAAACGUCCAGAAUUAGUCAACAGAAAACACAUUAUCUUCUAUCAGAAUAACACAAGACUGCAUGUUUCUUUGAUGACCAGGCAAAAACUGUUAUAGCUUGGCUGGGAAGUUCUGAUUCAUCCACCGUAUUCGCCAGACAUUGCACCUUCGGAUUUCCAUUUAUUUCAGUCUACAAAAUUCUUGUAAUGGAAAAAAUUUCAAUUCCCUGGAAGACUGUAGAAGGCACCUGGAACAGUUCUUUCCUCAAAAAGAUAAAAAGUUUUGGGAAGAUGGAAUUAUGAAGUUGCCUGAAAAAUGGCAGAAGGUAGUGAAACAAAAGGGUGAAUAUGUUG